AUGAUUGUGACCUGGUAUCCAAUCCUUACUCAGAAUGCGCUGGAAACGUUGGAUCAAAAACAUGCACCUGUAAAUCAGGCUACAUCAAGCAAGGAACGGAGUGCAAAGCGAGCAAACCUUGGCUCAACAUGCAGACACGACGGCAAUUGCGACACGACAACAAAUCCUAACUCCGAAUGCACUGAAACAGCCGGAUCUCAAACCUGCACCUGCAAAUCAGGCUACACCAAGCAAGGCACGGUUUGCAAAGCAGACCUUGACACACCAUGUACAGCCAACGAUGAUUGCGACACGACAACCAAUCCUUACUCGGAAUGCAAUGGAAACGUUGGAUCCAAAACAUGCACUUGUAAAUCAGGCUACACCAAGGACGAAACGGCGUGCAUAGCGGACCUGGGCUCAACCUGCACAGCCAACGGCGAUUGCGCCACGACAACAAAUCCUAACUCCGAAUGCACUGGACCUGCCGGAUCUCAAACCUGCACCUGCAAAUCAGGCUACACCAAGCACGGAACGGCUUGCAAAGCAGACCUAGGCACAGCUUGUACAGAAACCACUGAUUGUGACACGGUAACUACAACUGAUGCUGUAUGUGACCUGAAUGCUGCACCAAAGAUUUGCGCAGUAGGAGCCGCUGGUGUUGCAGCAUGCCUGUCAACGAUUGUGUCCUGUGUGCUCAUGGCGAUGUUUUAA